AUGUUAUCACGAGUUCUAUUAUGGAACAGAAAUUCGUGUUGUAUAACAUUUAUACCUAUGAGGGCUCCAUCUAAAAAGAAAAAAACACAGGACAAAAAAAAAAAAGAAGUUGUUAAUGAUAAAGAUAAAUUAUUAGAAACUCGAUAUUUGCCUUAUAUUCCUCCAGCGUAUGUUGUUGAUACUGUAUCCUUUUUCAAAGACAAAAGUAAAUUAGAUUAUUUAUUAGCUUUAAUUUUCAGUCCAAAAAAUCCAACUGAUACUUAUGAAGAUAGGGUAGAAUAUCAGAAGAGGUUUGAAAUAUAUGAACAUUUGAGAAAAAAAGAAGAAAAUAAAUAUCAGAAACAUUUGGAAAAAAUGAAAGAAAAAGUGUUUGAAUCUAUUAAAAAUUUGCCGCAAGAAUUAUAUGAUGAAAGUAUAAAAAAUGGAGAAUUAUUGGAUAAUUCUGAAAUAUUAUUUGGUUUAAAAUAUGAAAAUAGCUUACUUAAAAAUAUGAAUAAUUAUAAAAAGAAGUUGUUACAUGCCUAUAAAAUUUUACUUUAUUUAAGAUAUCCUUUUUAUUUAGUAAAGAAAAAAAAUCCCAUGUUAUUUUAUAUAAGCGAAAGUAAGGCAGUAAGUAGACAAAAACAAAUUAAUUCUCAGAAGAAAAAAUUAAAAAAAAAAUAG